CCCGGCAGCAGCCGCGGCCGCGGCUCGAGCCGGAGCCCGCGCGCGACGAGGCCCCGGGCGCGUCCUCGCCGCCAUCGCCGUGCAGCCGUCCGCCCGCCGCCGGGCCCCGGAGCACGCCGGCCCCGCGCACGCCUCGAGGCCGAGCCAAGGUGUGAGAUGCACAGUACGAAACCUAGGCCCCAACUUUUACAUCGGGAUGCACAGGGUUGCACUUUUUGUACUGAACUGAUAGGUGGCCUAGUGGUUAUUCCCUGUACUGCCAUUUUGAGGAUCUGGACUCCGUUUCCCGCUUUGCUCUUUGGACUACAUUGUCAAUUCACACCGAAACUAUGUUCCAACUUCCUGUCAACAAUCUUGGCAGUUUAAGAAAAGCCCGGAAAACUGUGAAAAAAAUACUUAGUGACAUUGGGUUGGAAUACUGUAAAGAACAUAUAGAAGAUUUUAAACAGUUUGAACCUAAUGACUUUUAUUUGAAAAACACUACAUGGGAGGAUGUAGGACUGUGGGACCCUUCACUUACAAAAAAUCAGGACUAUCGGACAAAACCUUUUUGCUGCAGUGCUUGUCCGUUUUCCUCAAAAUUCUUCUCUGCCUACAAAAGUCAUUUCCGGAAUGUUCAUAGUGAAGACUUUGAAAAUAGGAUUCUCCUUAAUUGCCCUUACUGUACCUUCAAUGCAGAUAAAAAGACUUUGGAAACACACAUUAAAAUAUUUCAUGCUCCAAACUCCAGCGCACCGAGUAGCAGCCUCAGCACUUUCAAAGAUAAAAACAAAAACGAUGGCCUUAAACCCAAGCAGGCUGACAGUGUAGAGCAAGCCGUGUAUUACUGCAAGAAGUGCACUUACCGAGACCCUCUAUAUGAGAUUGUCAGGAAGCACAUCUACAGGGAACAUUUUCAGCAUGUAGCAGCACCGUACAUAGCAAAGGCAGGAGAAAAAUCACUCAAUGGUGCUGUCCCCCUGGGUGCAAAUGCCCGAGAAGAGUGUAACAUCCACUGCAAGCGAUGCCUUUUCAUGCCCAAGUCCUAUGAAGCUUUGGUACAGCAUGUCAUUGAGGACCAUGAACGGAUAGGCUAUCAGGUCACUGCCAUGAUUGGGCACACAAAUGUUGUAGUUCCCCGGGCCAAACCCUUGAUGCUGAUUGCUCCCAAACCUCAAGAGAAAAAGGGCAUGGGACUGCCACCAAGAAUCAGUUCCCUUGCUUCUGGAAAUGUCCGGUCUUUGCCAUCACAGCAGAUGGUGAAUCGAUUGUCAAUACCAAAGCCUAACUUAAACUCAACAGGAGUCAAUAUGAUGUCCAAUGUUCACCUGCAGCAAAACAACUAUGGAGUCAAAUCUGUAGGCCAGAGCUAUGGUGUUGGCCAGUCAGUGAGACUGGGUCUAGGUGGCAAUGCUCCAGUUUCCAUCCCUCAGCAGUCUCAGUCUGUCAAACAGCUACUUCCAAGUGGAAAUGGGAGGUCGUAUGGGCUUGGUUCCGAGCAGAGGCCCCCAGCAGCGGCCAGGUAUUCCUUGCAGACUGCCAGUACCACCUCUCUACCUUCAGGCCAGGUGAAGUCUCCCUCUGUGUCUCAGUCACAGGCUUCUAGAGUAUUAGGUCAAUCCGGUUCUAAACCUCCACCAGCAGCCACAGGCCCUCCUCCAAGCAACCAUUGUGCUACUCAGAAGUGGAAAAUAUGUACAAUCUGUAAUGAGCUUUUCCCUGAGAAUGUAUAUAGUGUUCACUUUGAAAAGGAGCAUAAAGCUGAGAAAGUCCCAGCAGUAGCUAACUACAUUAUGAAAAUACACAAUUUUACUAGCAAAUGCCUCUACUGUAAUCGCUAUUUGCCCACAGAUACCCUGCUCAACCAUAUGUUAAUUCAUGGUCUGUCUUGUCCAUAUUGCCGCUCAACCUUCAAUGAUGUGGAAAAGAUGGCAGCACACAUGCGAAUGGUUCACAUUGAUGAAGAGAUGGGACCUAAAACCGAUUCUACUUUGAGCUUUGAUUUGACAUUGCAACAGGGGAGUCAUACCAACAUCCAUCUUCUGGUGACCACAUACAACCUGAGGGAUGCCCCAGCCGAAUCAGUUGCUUACCAUGCCCAAAAUAAUGCCCCAGUUCCUCCAAAGCCACAGCCAAAAGUUCAGGAAAAGGCAGACGUUCCUGUUAAAAGUUCACCUCAAGCUGCAGUGCCCUAUAAAAAAGAUGUUGGGAAAACCCUUUGCCCUCUUUGCUUUUCAAUCCUAAAAGGACCCAUAUCUGAUGCACUUGCACAUCAUUUACGAGAAAGACACCAAGUUAUUCAGACAGUUCAUCCAGUUGAGAAAAAGCUAACCUACAAAUGUAUCCAUUGCCUUGGUGUGUAUACUAGCAACAUGACAGCCUCAACCAUCACCCUGCAUCUAGUCCACUGCAGGGGUGUUGGAAAAACCCAGAAUGGCCAGGACAAAACAAACGCACCUUCUCGGCUCAAUCAGUCUCCAGGCCUGGCUCCUGUGAAGCGCACCUAUGAACAGGUGGAGUUUCCUCUGCUAAAAAAGCGAAAGCUGGAGGAUGACAGUGAUUCUCCCAGCUGCUUUGAAGAGAAGCCUGAAGAGCCUGUUGUUUUAGCUUUAGACCCCAAGGGUCAUGAAGAUGAUUCUUACGAAGCUAGGAAAAGCUUUCUCACAAAAUACUUCAACAAACAGCCCUAUCCCACCAGGAGAGAAAUUGAGAAGUUAGCCGCCAGUCUGUGGCUGUGGAAGAGUGACAUUGCUUCCCAUUUCAGUAACAAGAGAAAGAAGUGUGUUCGUGACUGUGAGAAGUACAAGCCCGGUGUGCUGCUAGGCUUUAACAUGAAAGAAUUAAAUAAAGUCAAACACGAGAUGGACUUUGAUGCUGAGUGGCUGUUUGAAAAUCAUGACGAGAAGGACUCAAGAGUCAAUGCAAGUAAGACUGCUGACAAAAAGCUUAGCCUUGGGAAGGAAGACGACAGCUUCUCAGAUAGUUUUGAGCAUUUAGAAGAAGAAUCCAAUGGAAGCCACAGCCCUUUUGACCCUGUCUUUGAAGUUGAGCCUAAAAUUCCUAGUGAUAAUCCAGAGGAGCAUGUACCGAAGGUCAUUCCUGAGGAUGCUUUGGAAUCUGAGAAGCUAGACCAAAAAGAGGAGGAGGAUGGUUCAAAAUAUGAAACUAUCCAUUUGACUGAGGAACCAACCAAACUAAUGCAUGAUGCCUCUGACAGUGAGGUAGACCAAGAUGAUGUAGUCGAGUGGAAAGAUGGUGCUUCACCAUCUGAGAGUGGGCCUGGUUCCCAACAGAUCUCUGACUUUGAGGAUAACACACGUGAGAUGAAACCAGGAACCUGGUCUGAUGAGUCUUCCCAGAGUGAAGAUGCAAGGAGCAGUAAGCCAGCUGCCAAAAAAAAGGCUACAGUGCAAGAUGACACAGAACAGUUAAAAUGGAAGAAUAGUUCCUAUGGAAAAGUUGAAGGGUUUUGGUCCAAGGACCAGUCACAGUGGGAAAAUGCAUCUGAGAAUGCAGAGCGCUUACCAAACCCACAGAUUGAGUGGCAGAAUAGCACAAUUGACAGUGAGGAUGGGGAGCAGUUUGACAGCAUGACUGACGGAGUUGCUGAUCCCAUGCAUGGCAGCUUAACUGGAGUAAAACUGAGCAGCCAGCAAGCCUGAGGGGCCUGGCACACCCCAGCACAUGGGCCAUGUUGCAUCUUGGACCUCUGAUCUGAUUGCAGAGUUGUCUUCUAACUGGCACUGCCUUGCAAGGACUGGUCAGUCAGGCUGUUGGGGACAUAUGACCACUACAGCCCCAGUGGUUAUUUCUAUGUCUAUGACAUGUGAUUGGUUGAUCUUGCUUCAGACCCUUCUCUGGUAGAUUCAGUAAUGAAGUGUGAAAAACCAAUAAGCUGGCGGCUCAUGAAUGCUCACAGGGAAAAGCAGUUCAUUGUUUGCUUUUCCAGCAUUUCUUUCCCUUGGUAAGAUGUUUGGUUGGAUGUCCUGGGAAAGCCUUACCCUGAUCACAUAGUAGUGCAGGGCGGGCAUACAUGCUACCAGUCCAGUGUGUCUAGUAGGAACAUGGACCUUUUUUCAUGUAUUCAUUCUGAAUAGUUGAAAUGUAUAUUUGUACAGUCUUUUAGACCUCAAGUGAUGCUUAUGACACUGUUACUGUGUGCCCGUCAUAGAUUGGUUUUUAGUGUUGCCCUUGCUGUGUGAUAAAUGCUAUAUCUAGUUUACCUAGCAGAAGCUUGACCCUGCGAUAGUAUGGACCUUUGGACAGACAUAGUUUUUGCACAUAACCUUGUACAAUCUUGCAACAGAGGCCAGCCACAUAAGAUAUAUAUCUGGACUCUCCUGUAUUAUAGGAUUUUUUUUUCUUGUUCUGAGUAUCCUUGACAUUACAGUUGUCAAAACUGAUAUUUCAGAUCUCUUUCUGAGACCUUUUAAGCUAAAAUAACAUGCAAGAAUUGAUUUUACAGCUACUAAUUUUGACACCUUUUAGAUCUGUAAGAGUGUUGUGUCAGAGCCGCAAGCACAGUUGAGUGCUACAUUUGGGAUAUUUAGUUUCCUCUUUAGUUGAGCACCGCUGGGUGUAUUCAUUUAUACCAUCUAAUAUAUGACACACUGUUGUAGUAUGUAUGAUUUUGUGGUCUUUAUUUCCCUUUGUAUUCAUUUUAAGCAUCUAAAUAAAUUGCUGUAUUGUGCUUAA